CCCUCACCAUGAGUCCCUCUCUCUCUUUCUUCUUUUACACCCUUUUCAUUCUCUCCAUAACAACAAUAAAAAGCCCCCAAUCAACAACCCUUUUUCUCUUCUUCAUUCUCACCACCACCACCAUCACCGACCUAACUACCACCGAUCUCCGCCGUUAACCAUGGCUAAGAAACGUAAGUCCACCGCCACAAGUCUCGAUGAAGUCGAUCGUACCAUGUAUGAUUCAUUUCGUACAACCGCUAAUUCUAUUUCACAACUCUACACUCAUGCCAUGAAUCAUCAGAAACUCUCUUUUCAUGCCGGUGAACGUAACGCUCUUGAAAAACUUUAUCAGUGGAUUUGGAAACAAGAAGAAGGAGGGUCAAGGGUUGCAACAGUCGAUGUGGUUAACUACAUUCAGAAUGAGUUGGAUUAUUGUGGAGAAGAGCCAUCCAUGUCACCUAGAGCACCUCCGCAAAACCAGCAGCCACAACCAAUGAUGCCUGUCACCAGCUUUCCAGUCACUUCAGGAUCUUCUGGCCAAACAAUAGCUGGACAAGGACUCCGGUCCGAUUAUUCUGAAAAUCAGCCAAAGAAUUCUGUGUUUUCAAAUGCAUUAUCAAGCCCUGUUCGUCGAAAUCUCCAGCUUUAUCAAAUUGGUGAGGGUGGAAAUCCCAGCUUUCUUCACAAUCAAAGCAGGGAUUCGAAUGCCGUAAGUUCCAACAACGAUUCUGCCAUGGAUAUGCAUGCAGACUAGUUCUGUUCUUGUCUCUAUUGGUUUGUCAAUUGGAAAUUCUUAGCUGACCUGCCUUCUGCAAAAACUGCAAAAGAAGCCAACAGCCAUCACAAUUCCUAGUCUGGAUUUUGCUUGCUCUUUGGAUCAUGCAAGAAAUGACAAGAAGGUGGAGCUGAUUCUUGUUACAUUUUUGGUAUGAUUAUGUCAACCGAUCGAUUGGUUUGGAGUCUUAUGUGUCCUCUGUAAAGUUUUUCAAAGCAUUUUAUUUUGAACAUUUAUAAUGCUGAGGUUGCUUCUGUAUGAAGCUUCCCAUGUUAAACUGUAUUUGUCCACAGAUUCUAUCCACAUGGCAAUUUUCGGAUGUUGGUGCUGGUUUUGCUCUUUGUUUUUGGUAUUUAUCUUAUUGAAAUUUAGUUUAA